GCAUCUCAAUUCUCACCUCUCAUUCUCUAUCUUGCAGUAAAACAAAACACACUACUAGAAAACAGAAAAACAGGUGACAAGAGUAAAAAAAACACGAAAGGCCAACCAGAUCACCAAAAAGAGCAAAUGGGAAGUAAAGAGCGAUCAAAAGAUCGGAAAGAAAAGAGAAGACAAGAGAUUUCUCUCCUCCGAACCAUUCCUUAUUCCGAUCAUCAAAGAUGGUGGUCAGCAAAAACGGUUGCAGUGGUGACAGGGGCCAACAGAGGGAUAGGGUUCGAGAUAGUGAGACAACUUGCAGGGCAUGGAAUCACCGUAAUAUUAACGUCUAGGGAAGCUAGUGCAGGAAUUGAAGCCGCAAGUGUGUUGCAAGAGUUGGGCCUAAGCGUGACAUUCCACCAACUCGAUGUUUUGGACAAAUCAUCUAUUGAAGAGUUUUGUGAAUGGGUGAAAGAGCAAUAUGGUGGCAUAGACAUUCUGGUCAACAAUGCAGGUGUCAACUUCAAUAUUGGUUCUGAGAAUUCAGUUGAAUUCGCUCGGAUGGUUGUUGAUACAAAUUACUAUGCUACAAAAAAUGUGACUAAGGCUAUGAUUCCACUUAUCAGAGCGUCUGAAGCAGGUGGACGAAUCGUUAACGUUAGCUCAAAACUCGGCAGAGUCAGUGGAAAAAGAAAUAGAAUCGAAAACCAAGAGCUGAGAGAACAACUAAAUGACAUGGAAACAUUGUCGGAGGAAUUGAUUGAUGGAAUGAUGUGUAAGUUCUUAGAGCAAGUGGAAGAUGGGAGCUGGGAAUCUGGCGGGUGGCCUCACGCCAACACAGAUUACUCCGUCUCGAAACUAGGGGUCAAUUACUACACUAGGCUACUGGCGAAGGAGAUGGCUGAUCGGCCCGACGGCGAGAAGAUUUACGUGAAUUGUUACUGCCCUGGGUGGGUUAAGACUGCGAUGACAGGGUGGGCGGGUACGACAUCGGCCGAGGACGGUGCCGACACCGGAGUCUGGUUGGCCCUCCUCCCCGAUCAAGCUAUUACUGGGAAAUUCUUUGCUGAGAGACGUGAGAUCGCCUUUUGAUUUAACUAGUCUCAUUUUUUACUUAUUAUCGUUAUUAAAUUUUUGUGUUGCUG